AUGGCGAAAUCACUCCUUUGUUCUUCAACCUUAAACCCGUUCUUGUCCUCCACUCUCUCUCCAUCUACUUCUUCGAAGAAGAGCCUAAUUGUGUACUCAGGAAACAACAACAAGAACCAGACACCGUCUCUGUCAUGGAACAGACGAGAAUUGUCUCUUGGGUUUAUGAGCAGCUUUCUUGCGAUCGGUCUCGUGGGUAGUGACAGGAGAAGCCGCGACGCGAAUGCAGCGAUUCUUGAAGCUGAUGACGAUGAAGAGCUUCUGGAGAAGGUGAAGCAAGAUCGGAAGAAGAGGAUUGAGAGACAAGCUGUUAUUAAUUCUGCUGUCAAGGAAAAGGGGUAUUUGCAGGAUCUUGUGUACAAGUUAAGCAAAGUAGGACAAGCCAUUGAGAAGAAUGACCUUCCAGCUGCCGGUUUGGUUUUAGGGAAAGGCACUGAUUCCGAAUGGGUCAAAACCGUUAAUUCGGCUUUCACAAAGUUGAGUGCAAGUCCAGAAGAGAAUACAGAGGUGGAAGCAUUUAAUUCAUCUUUAGCUUCUCUUAUCACAUCAGUGAACAAGAACGAUAUAGAGUCAUCGAAGCUUGCUUUUGUGUCAUCGGCUAGUGCAUUUGAGAAAUGGACGACUUUGACAGGUCUUUUGGCACAGCUUAAGGGAAUUUGA